UCUUCGUCCCCUUGUUAUUAUUGUCUGAAUUUUUAAGUAUAUAUAAUAAUAAUGAAUGAAUGUGUAAACAAAUUAUUACAUUUAAAGUUUUUGUUCUAUUUCAUUCUAGGAAUUCAAAAACGCCCAGUUUUUUUUGUUGCUAGUCGCUAUGGACGAAGUACUACAUAUGAUGAAAGUUUAAAAUCCAGACGCAUUUUCAUCGUACCUCGAAACGAGCAUUUCUUUCUUGGCUCUCGGUACGGUAAACGAAGCGGCAAAUAUUUAUGUCUUUCGAGGGAAAUAAAUAAGCUGAUAGUCAGAAAAAGAUUACGAAACAAUGAUAAAGAACGAACUCCAACUUUAAGCUUUAUAACCAAACACUUUCUGAUGCGAAAUACUUAACUAGUAUAUUAAAAGAAAUUUCAAUGUAGAGACCGCCAG